GCCCGGCCCGGCCCGUAGUGGCUGCGCUGCGCUGGGGCCCUGGCGCUUCUGCCUCCCCUCCGGGCCGGGCCAGACCAGGGACACCGCCGACAAACGCGACUGGGGCUCGCUCGGCACGGGCCGGAGGCCGCUACGUGGCUCUGGAGCGAGGGGCUGUCAGAACGUGGAUAAAUGGCCUGGAAGCGUCUCGCCGCCACCGUCAGCAAAACCUUCUCCGGGAGGGGAGGGGAGACUUAAAAAGGGGAUAAUUAAAAUGGAGACUCAGGGAGUCUCCUACCAGCUGAGGAAAACUUGUCAGGAUAACUGGGAUGAUGACGAGGAGGAGGAAGGAGAAAAAGAGACAGAGAUAAAAGCAGAAUCAAAAGUUUCAGAAAAGAAGAAGAUAGCAGAAAAAAUAAAGGAGAGAGAAAAGCAGCUGAAGAAAAAGCAAGAGGAGAUUAAAAAAAGAUUAGAGGCACCAGAGGAAGCUAAAGAACUUACACCAGAAGAACAGUUCGCAGACAAACUACGGCUAAAGAAAUUACAAGAGGAGUCAGAUCUAGAGUUAGCAAAAGAAACGUUUGGUGUAAAUAAUACUUGUGGAAUAGAUGCCAUGAAUCCAUCUUCAAAAGAUGACUUUACGGAGUUUGGCAAAUUAUUAAAAGAAAAAAUUACACAGUAUGAAAAAUCUCUACAUUAUGCCAGUUUUUUGGAAGCAUUAGUUCGAGACGUAUGUAUUUCAUUGGAAGUUGAUGAUUUGAAAAAGAUCACAAAUGCUUUGACAGUGCUAUGCAGUGAAAAACAAAAACAAGAGAAGCAAAGUAAAGCCAAAAAGAAGAAAAAAGGGGUUGUGCCUGGAGGUGGUUUAAAGGCUACUAUGAAAGAUGAUCUGGCAGAUUAUGGAGGAUAUGAUGGAGGAUACGUGCAAGAUUUUGAAGACUUCAUGUGACAUUUAUCUUCCCUUGUGUUGUCUUUUUGUUGCCCAUAAACCCUUAAACAUGUAGCACAACUUCUUUUCCUUUAAAUUCUGCCAAAUGCUACUAUUGAAAGUGCAGUAUCUUUGUGCUGGUUAUUUAACCCUUUGACAGGGUGGUGCUAAAGCAUUGGGAUACCUGUCCCAUCAAGGGGUUAAAAUGAUGAAACUCAAUUCCUUCAUAAAUCAAAGAAAAAACAAAAUUCUAAUAAUGUUUUUAAUUGUUGCUAUCUGGUUUCAUAGUAACAAAACCACAAAGUUGGACAUGAAUUUCAACAAAGCAAAAGUUGUAUUAUUACCAGCACAGUUUAGUAAUACAGCCUUAACUGUACCUCCUUGAAUGAUUUAUCUUGUGAACAAAAGCAGUUUGCAGCAAGGGCAUGGUGUGCACUUAGUAUUAAAAUUGCUUUGUCUAAGUUAGAGCUUGGUUUGUUUGGUUUUUUUUCCAGAGAUUGUGAAGGGGACUGCUAACUUCAAAGUAAGGAUACUGCACCUGAAAAUUAAUCACUUGAUACACACCCAUUCUUUCAAAGCUUGACAUUUUAAAAUAAAACUUAUUUUGGUCAAAACAAGAAAAUAGUUCCUUGUUACAUUUGAAAAAUGAUUUGUGGUAUCUUGAGUAUAAGCAGUUAGUUGACAUUUAUUUACUAAUGCAGCUGUACGGGUUGAUUAUUCUAACAGUUAACUGCCUGGUUUAAGUGUCUGAGAACCAAACUUUCUUUGUUCUCAUGGGCUGUGAUAGAACUUUCACAGGACUUUACCAUUUUCUUUCAUUUACAAAAACCUGAUUAGCAAACUGCAACCGUUACUACAGUUGGGCAAAUUGUUAUGUUAACAAUUAUGACAUCUGCAAUGUUUUAUAAAGCAACUAAUUUAAUAAAAUCACUGUUGUGAGGACUUCA